UCUUCAUUCCUCCCCCACGCCAAAUCAAAAUGGCAACAGGCUUGUUCGCUUCCCUCCCCAAGCCAAAAUACUCCGGCGAACAUGAAGAAGUUCCACUUCAUGCCCAACCCAAGGGUCCACGAAUUGUUGGUCCUGGCGUGAUUGAUCAGUCGCAGGUCAUUCUCAAGCGCUCCGGUCCUCCUGCAUACGGACAACGAUCAGGAUGGCGUCCCCGAUCCGCAGAAGACUUUGGCGACGGUGGUGCAUUCCCCGAGAUACCGGUAGCGCAAUAUCCUCUCGACAUGGGCCGCAAGGGUAGCGGAUCGAGCUCAAAUGCUUUGACUCUUCAGGUUGAUGCCGAAGGAAAAGUUAAAUACGAUGCAAUUGCUCGACAAGGGCAUAGCGAUAGUAGAAUUAUCCAUUCCAGCUUCAAGGACUUGAUCCCUCUUCGACAGCAGGCAAACGCAGGCGAACUGAGUUUGGACCGACCCAGUCAAGAAGAGGUGGCUGCAAGUGCCGAAAAGACCAGACUUGCCUUGGAAAAACUGGUUUCGGGGGCAGUGGCCGCACAGAAGCCUAAGAACGUCAAAGGUGCCAAUCGAGAAGAACCGACAUAUGUACGCUACACCCCGGCCAACCAGAUGGGCGACAACUCCAAGAAAAACGACAGAAUUUUCAAAAUUGUGAAAAGGCAAGAAGAUCCCAUGGAACCACCAAAAUUUAAGCACAAGAAAAUCCCUCGUGGCCCGCCGAGCCCUCCUCCUCCUGUCAUGCAUUCUCCUCCACGAAAACUCACAGCCGAAGACCAAGAGGCAUGGAAGAUCCCCCCACCCGUGUCCAAUUGGAAAAAUCCCAAAGGUUACACCGUUCCUCUGGAUAAGCGUCUCGCAGCCGAUGGACGAGGAUUACAAGAUGUCACAAUCAACGAUAAAUUCGCCCAGUUCGCCGAGGCCUUAUUCACAGCCGACAGACAUGCGCGCGAGGAGGUCAAGUUACGAUCACAAAUGCAACAGAAGCUAGCGGAAAAGGAAAAGAUGGCCAAAGAAGACCAUUUACGGGAAAUGGCCCGCAAGGCAAGAGAGGAGAGACAAAAGACAGCUCCUGGGCGCAGAGAUUCCGGAUCACGACGAAGAUCAAGGUCAUAUUCUGCCUCUUCAUACGACUCUAGGUCAGCAAGCGGAAGUGAUGAUGAGGCUGCUCGUGAACGUGAAUUAGCGCGGAAGGAAAGACGCGAAGAAAAUGAGAGGAAGCUUCGUCAGAGUCGAAUGGGAGCAGAGAAGAGAGUGCAGAUGAUGGCGCGAGAACAGAACCGAGACAUUUCAGAAAAGGUGGCCUUGGGUCUUGCCAAACCAACACAGAACAAAGAGACCAUGUACGAUUCUCGAUUAUUCAAUCAAACCUCGGGCUUCGACAGUGGCUUCAAUGAAGACCAACAUUACGAUAAACCUCUGUUCGCCGCACAAGAUGCCAUCAACAGCAUCUACCGUCCAUCAGCGAACCAAGACGACGACGAUGGUGGCGAGGAAGCGGCCGAUGCCACUAUGAGCAAGAUUCAGAAAUCCAAUCGAUUCGACAGUCUGGGGACUUCCAAGACGUUCAAGGGCUCCGAACUGUCCGAGCGACAUGAAGGUCCCGUGCAGUUUGAAAAGGACAAGGAUGAUCCUUUUGGAAUUGACUCUCUGAUUGGUGAAGCCUCUGCAAAACACGACCAGGGUCAAAGCAAGAAGCGAUAUGGUCUUGAAGAGGCUGGUCCCAGUACCCGAGGUCAGAAGAGAGCUCGAGUUGAUGACGAUGACCAUGAUAACUAACAUAGAUCCACCGUGUUAUACCUGUUAUAUUGUCGAGGUAUGAAUACAUACAUGCGUAAAC